GAUUUUGUGAGGUAGACCUCGUGUAGAUACUAGGUCACGUUGGCAAUACUCUUGUGCUACGAUGUUCCCACCACCCCCUGAAAGCUCUGUAGCAUGGGAUACCCUUCGAUUUGAUGUAUACGAAGUGAACGGUCACGUCGAGUCUCACUACAGCAGAUCCAGUGGCCAAUGGAGUGAGCCACAGUUCGUGGUGGAUCCACUGCUACGAAUUCACGGCAUGACGCCAGCGUUGAUGUAUGGUCAACAAGCCUUCGAGGGGCUCAAAGCAUAUCGCAAUCCUUCUGGGGAAGUGCAGAUAUUCCGUCCGGCUAUGAAUGCUCAGAGGAUGAUGCGCUCUGUCACAUACAUAUCUGUCCCGCCCGUGCCCGAGGACACAUUCUUGAGCUGUGUGAAUAUGGCAGUGGCCAAGAACGCAUCCUUCGUACCGCCUCAUGGGGUUGACGCUGCGCUUUACAUACGACCUUUUGUCUUCGGCACCUCCGCAACUCUCAGCAUGGCCUCCCCUGACAAGUACUGCUUCUGCGUCUACGUGACACCUGUGAAGGUAGCAUACGGCCUCAAGUCUGUGCGAGCCCUUAUUUUAGAGGACUUCGAUCGCGUGGCGCCUAAGGGAACAGGUCCUGCCAAGGUAGGUGGAAAUUACUCUCCCCUCGUGUGUCAUAUCGAGGCAGCCAACGCCUCUGAAUACGGGAUUUUGCUACAUAUUGAUAGCAAGACCCGGAGUGAGAUUGAUGAGUUCUCCAUGGCCGGUUUCGUCGGGAUCAAGGCAGACUUGGACCAAGCUGGCAGCUACAUCAUCGUGGUACCUCUGGGACUCCGGACAAUCGAGAGCGUGACAUCAGACUCUGUCUCUAAGAUUGCACAAGAUCUAGGUUGGAAGAUGGAGAGGCGCACUGUAACAUGUGACGAGCUUCCAGAAUUCGAUGAAGUCCUCGCAGCUGGGACAGCCAGUGGACUAGUCCCUAUACGAAGUAUUUCGAGAAAAUCAACUGGCAAGGUUGUCACAUAUAACAGCGACUCUGAGGAGCCUGGGCCAUGCUGUACCAAACUCCUGUCUGUCCUGAAAUCUAUUCAGCAGGGAGAUGUGAAAGAUCGGUUUGGAUGGUGUUAUAAAGUCACAGGAAUGAGUUAAAACCCAUUAAGCAUAGAUACUUAAGGAGCAAAGUAAAUUCACAAUCCCCG